AACUAGAAAUAAAUCCCAUAAACCCUUUUGCUCAUACCCAAAGCUGCUGCUGCUGCAGCCGCCCACUUAAAACCCCAUAUACUAUUUCCUCCCAAUUUCUUCUUUCAAGCAACGAUCUUUGAUAUAUAUAUAUACACAUAUAUAUUAAUCAAGCCUUUGAGUGAAUGAGCGAGAGUGCAAGACAGAGAGAUGAUAAGAGGAGGAAAAAGCUUUGUGUCUUCGCAACCUGCAUUCUCAAAUGAUGCAAAGAAACUCUUGGUAUGCACCGGAAACACCGUUUCCAUUUUCAGCACCGCGACUGGUUUACAGGUAGCGGAAUUAGAAGGUCAUACAGCACUUGUGACAUCUAUAACAGUUGUACCAGCAACCACACCUGCAAGCAGGAUUUUAUGCUAUUGUUGGACGACUUCACUCGAUGGUACGAUCAAGUACUGGGAUAUUUCUAUACCUGAAUUAUUGAAGACUACAGAUAUUCAACUUCCAGUCUAUUCAAUGGUGAUUCCAUCCUUGCUUGCUCAGCAGUCCGAGAAUAAUGAAAAGUCACCUGAUCUUUAUGCUUAUAUCUCAGUGGCAAAUGAAUCAAGUGGCCAGAUCCUGAAGUGUAAUUUGUCCAAGUCUCGCCUGGUUCGUGGAGUGAUAGUAUCAGAGAGUAAAAAACCAGUUAAAUUAACAAUUUCUUCAAGUGGCAAGUACUUUGGCUUUUAUGAAAAGCGAAAAAUUCGUAUAUGGGAAGUACCUGCAAAGGAUCACAAGAAUGUCAGUCAUCGGAAAAUAAAACUAUUACACUCCAAGAAUGUGAGUUGCCUUGCUUUUCAUCCAACAGAUAGGAUUGUAGCUGCUGGUGAUGUGACUGGGAGAAUUUUAGUUUGGAGAGGUUUUGGUGAUAGAACAUUUGCUGGUAAGAAUUUAACAAAUGGUAAAGCAUUGAAGGAUGAAGAUGAAAAUCCGGGUGUCAGGGGUGAUGGUGAUGCAGAUUCUUGUACUACAUGGCAUUGGCAUUCUGCGGAGGUCAAGGUCUUAUUCUUUUCUUCGGAUGGAGCGUAUUUGUAUUCAGGUGGAAAAGAAGGAGUUCUUGUGGUAUGGCAGCUAGAUACCGGAAAGAAGAAAUUUUUACCCAGAAUAGGGACUCCACUUCUUAAUUAUAUGAAUUCUCCGGAUCCUUCUCUUUCAUCUAUAUCUUGUGCAGAUAACCGGAUUCAUAUUCUAAAAAUGCCAUCAAUGGAGAUUUUGAAGUCCAUUUCUGGAAUCAAGCUUCCAUCUCCUGUCCCAGAAAUGUUUAAAGGCGCAUGUAACGAUAUUGUGUUUGACCAUACUGCGGGAUUGAUUGCUGUUCGUACGGAGAACUACUGUAUUCAGUUUUAUAGCUUAUUUGAUGACCGUGAGAUAUCAGAGGUUCAGGUCUGUGAAAGAAAUCAUCAGCCAAGUGAUGAUGUCACGAUGAUUUUAAAUCUAGUUGCACUUUCAUUCGAAGGCUCUGUGAUGUGUACCGUUGAAACUAGAAUGGCUGAAGAAGGAAUAGGCGGUUUUGUAACACUCAAGUUUUGGGAACGCGAGUCACAGAACAAUGACUUUAGCUUGUCCACUGUUAUAUAUGAGCCCCACAGGGAUGCCGGUGUAUCUGCAAUUGCUUUCCAUCCAACUCGUGGCAUGGCCGUCAGUGCUUCUUAUGGUGGUGAUUUUAAGGUUUGGGUUAGCAAUCAUGAUGUUCAACAGAAUGAUAAAUUGAUUCAGAGGACUAGAUGGGCAUGUCAUGCUGUUGGUUCAUACAGGAAAAAACCUAUGACAGCUGCCGCAUUUUCCACUGAUGGUUCUGUGUUGGCAGUAGCUGCAGAAAAUGUUAUCACUGUGUGGGACCCAGAUAAAAAUGUUCUUGUGGCUGUGAUUGGGUCUUCCCGUGAGUCAAUAGUUAAUUUAUCGUUUAUUGGAGAGUCCAAUUUUCUUGUAUCUGCAUCUCGAGGUUCAAAUCCACAGCUUUCAGUUUGGAGUAUGUCCAAGCUGGCGGUUGCCUGGUCAUAUAAGCUUCACACAGAAGCUAUUGCAUGUUCAGAAAAAGAACCUCUCUUUGCUGUUCUUGUUCUUCUUCCCGAGUCAUCUAAAACUGAUGUCGCCUCAUUACACAAGGACACUGGGGCUAUACUUGUAUUUAAUGCAGGAGAACCUGUUCCUAUUGCUUCAUGGUUUGUGACGAAGGCAAAGGGAGGGGCGAUUGCUUUUAUUCAAAGAAGUAUAUCCAUGGAUGACAGCAUGGAUGAAAGUGUAUCAGGUCGUAUUUUGCUUGCAUAUGUAAAUGGUGAUCAUGAGUAUGCUCUUUUCAAUCCACAAGAUGUUGAGACAUAUGAAAGGAAAGCUAGGUACGCAGAUAGUGUACCUGGUCUGGAAGGGACAGGGCAUUUUGGGUAUGCAUCUAUAUAUGGGGAGCUACCUGAGUUCAAGUUGAAAACAUUUAAAGCAUCUGCCGACCCUGUAAAGCCUUCAGAAAAGCCAUGGGAGACCAUUUUUGAUGGACCAUCACAUAGUCUACCUCCUCUCAUUAAGCUCUGUUCUACUUUUAUGGAAUCACUGAUGGAGAAGCGAACUAGUGCUAUGGUAGAGUAGACCAUUGAUGUGGAUAUAUAUAAGUUGUUUAGAAUGACUCAAGCCAGAUAAAAAGGGUAUGGAGUUAAAGAGAGGUAACUUUGUCUAUUACUCCAUAAUUCACAUAAAGGACGACUGAAGUCCAAUUUUGAUCUCUCUGGUUUUGCAUUCUGUCUGCUUGGAAAGCUUUUGGAAGGGUGGUGUAAUGCCAUUGGUUAGAUCUAUCAUAAUCCAAUCAGGUUUUGCUUUUAUGUCUCUUAGAUCAUACCAAUAGGUACUCUGAUUACAAUUUUGUGCUGUGUAUUUUAUGGGUGUAAGAGUUAUGACCCGGAUUAUGUAUUGAAUGGCUGACCAUAUAGCUUAUAUGUUGCA